AUGAUGAAGCCUCUGCUGAUCCCCUUGACGUACUUCUGUCUUCAGACCUGGCUGGGAAUCUCUCAGGCACAAUGUCAGAGGAUGCUGAACAUGACGGAAAAUGCUUUUGAUGACCAAUAUCUAGGAUGUGCUGAGGAAAUUGCACAUGCACAGAUAAAGUCGGAAAUCUCUCAGUAGCUGUGGGAAAGGGCAACAGACAAAUGGAACAGUGUGAAAACAACGAUUUCUCGCCCCAACGGAUUUAAGGAUGAGUAUGGAAUAGCCAUAGUAGCCUAUACUGACCCCACUGAAUACGACGGCAAAACUUUUUCAACUGUAUUUAAUGAUGCAGUGAGAGAGAAUGCUUACAGCGGCAAGUUCCAGUUCAAAACCUUUCAUUAUUAUUUGACAAGAGCUUUACAGCUCUUACGGGACGGGUGCCAUAAUGUGUACCGGGGGGACCCUAAGUGUUUUGAGUACCAUGGGGGUGAUAUCAGGUUUGGACAAUUUGCCUCUUCAUCGAUUAGUAAAGAAGUGGCUGAGAGUUUUAGGAAGGGGGGCACACUCUUCACCAUCCGCACGUGCUUCGGCGUGAAGAUCCAGGCCCUGUCAUACAAUCCUGCCCAAGAAGAAGUGUUAAUCCCAGUCCAUGAGACAUUCAGUGUGUCCCCCAAAGGGAAGAACCGCUUUGACCUCUGGAGCACAAAUCAGACCUGCAGCUAUUUUAACUGCGGUGAGUACUGGGCUGAACAGGAGAAAUAUUUGUGUGGGGCUAUUUGCUGCGGAUUUGAAAACCCCACUUCAGGGAGAGCUGACGAGAGGGACGCUGACAUGGGGACUUGCCACCAGGGCUGGGGGAGACAGGCUGCCACGACUCUUGCUGCUAGAGAGGGCUCGGGCUGGGGUGGGUGGACACUGGGUCCCAAGCGCUCACUGAGGAAAGAGAAGGUGCCUAGACAUCAUGGCGAUGGGAGCACUAGAAACGCAGGAAAGAAGAACGACGUAUGUGUUGGCAACUCUGCUACCAGAGGCGGCCUGGCCUUCCCCUCACUGUUUGGAGGAUCCGUCAUCCUGGUCCACGUUGCUGCUCUGAAGCUGUUUCCCGGUUUCUAAAAGGUCCUAUUCGUGUUACUCACUUUUUCUCUAACACAAAUCAUGGAGGGAGUGUUGUUGGUACCUCCUUGGGCAAGCUUUGA